UCAUUGGCCUAUCUGGCAACACAUCUGCCGCUAAAGAGAUUAAACACCACUGCGAAUGCCGGCAAUCUUUCACCGUAGCCCACCUUCCAAGGCUAAAACAAAAAAAGGCUGAGACACCCUUGUGUAAGUCGACGUCAUUCUGAACGGGCUUCAAUAUUCAACGCUUCAAUCAUGUUUGGUUCCCACCCUCCUCCCUCUUGUCGCACUGAUGACGCCGUUGAUCUUCGCUUUGGCCCUUGGCCCAAUCCAAUCGAUCAGAGAUGGUCAUAGCUGACGUCGACUGUGGGCGGCCGGUUGCCAACCAUGCAAGACGCUCGCAUCAUAUAAAUGAUAUUGGACGAUGUGACCAUGUUUUAACACUAUAUCACGAGCACUAGACUGCUAGCACAGAAUAUAAUCCCUCGCCUUCCUUCUCAACAUGUCCGACAAAGAGGAUAACAACCCUCAACCCCCUCAGCAAGAGAACAAUAACCCCGAGGAAGAGAAUAACAACCUGGGGUCCCCUCAGCCCAAGGAGGAGCAGGACGUUGAACCCAAGCAAGAGUCCCACUCUGACGCUGAGCCUAAAGAAGAACCCAAGUCGGACAACGAGUCUAAACAAGACCCCCAGCCCGACCCUAAGCCACAAGAAUCCCAACCUGACACUGAACCCAAGCAAGAGCCUCAGUCAGAAGCCGAGCCCGAACCUCAACCCCAGCCUCAAAAAGAAGAACCUCAGCGGCGUCCAAGGAAACCCCGCCCACAGAAGUACCAACAGGACUCGGAUACUGAGAACAUCAACCGCGGCGACAUGGAUAACACCGCUGUGGAGAAGCCUCGUCGUCAGCGCCGCUCACGUCGCCAGCAACAAGAUGGCGGUCCCCUCGGCGGCCUCGGUGGUAUAGAUCAGGCCGGUGACCUCGUACAAAAUACAGCCGGCAAUGCCGUCAACGGCGUGACCAACACCGCCGGCAAAGCUGUGGGAGGCAUCCUAGGCGGCAACAAAGGGGAAGGACAGGAAGAUAGCGGUGGCAAGGACGAACAGCUGCGGUUGCGGCUGGACCUGAACCUGGAUAUCGAAGUGCAACUCAAGGCUAAGAUCCACGGUGAUUUAACCCUCGGCUUACUGUCAGUUCAACUCUCCCCCCCCCCCCUCCUUACCUUUGCGCCUAAAAAUAUCAAGCUAACUCUACAUAACAGCAACUAAAAACGAAUAUGAACGCGCUUAAUAGAAAAAGCACUUAUCCCACUUCGUCGGCUCUCAUAUGAAAUUUUUCGAUACCAUGUUACUGUUCCACUUCCCUCCGCCUGCGUAUAUUGUUGCCUCUUCUUGGUCGAUAAUCGCAGAUUAGAUGGUCCUUUCUCCUUUCUUUUUGUUCCCCUUGGGCUAUAUACUUAUUAGCGUUGGUUAUAUGAUGGCAUGAGCAACGUUCUCUCCUUUCCUUCCGUUGGUGCGAUGCUUGCAUGUAUAUUAAUUCCAGGCUUGACUAUGAUCAUGGUUAAGUCGUUGAGUGCGUGGAAUGGAUUAUUAAUGAAUUGCAAUUAUAUAUCCUUGAAUCACAUCAGAUAAAAGAAAGAGAAAGAAGCCAUAAGA